AUGAACGACUCGGGACUGGACGACGACUUUUCGCCCGAGCCACGUGGCAGGUGUUACACGUGGCCGAUGCAGCAGUUUGUCUAUCCGCCGGACCAACAACACCAUCAUCAUCAUCAAAAUCAACAGUAUCAGCAGCAACAGCAUCAGGCGCACUAUCCGUACAUGCACCAUCAUGCGGCCGCCCAUCACCAACAUCAUCCGUACGGCGCCCCGCCGACGCACUUGAAUCUGACGGCGCUCACUUCGUCGGGCAGCUCGGUGGCGAGCUCGAUUGGGGGCGGAGCCAAUUGCAACGGCUCGCCGGGUGCCUCCCAGCCGCCCGCUCUUCCCGGAGCCGCCUCGGGCUCUUCUUCUUCUUCCUCCUGCUCUUCGGCGACCACAACCGUCGGUCAAAUGUUGGCCGCCGCGUCGGUGCCCUCGUGCUCUUCCACGGCCACAACCACAAUGACGCUCGGCAUGUCGUUGUCGUUGUCGGCGGGCGGCGGACCGAUGAUGCCGGCGAAAAAGAAGCGGUGCCGCAAGAAGCCGACCGAUCAGCUGGCGCAGAAGAAACCGAAUCCGUGGGGCGAAGAAUCGUACUCGGACAUCAUUGCGAAAGCGUUGGAAUCGGCGCCCGACGGCCGACUGAAACUCAACGAGAUUUAUCAGUGGUUCUCGGACAAUAUUCCCUAUUUUCGCGAGCGAUCCAGUCAGGAGGAGGCGGCCGGAUGGAAGGUAAGAGUAGUCGCCGCUUGGAUGGCCUUGACAUUCCGAGAUGGCAUUGUACUAAUAGAAAUCGGGCGAUAUACGAGAUGCACGAGGGGUCGCAUUUUUAUCCAUGAAAAAGCGCGUAAAAUUCGGCAAUUUUUCACAAAAAUGCGUAACCACUUAAUUUUGGCCAUCAAUUUGCGUCCUCUCUCUCUCUGCGGGAACGAUGAAUUCGAUGAAUUCCUAAUGAGUACCGCUUCUUCUUCUUCUUCUUCUUUUUCUUCUUCUCGCGCGCUACCCGCUCUUCGGACCUAAUUCACGCAAUUUUGGUGCGUAAUGACGAAGCGAGAGAGGGAGAGAGAGGGCUGCUGGGUGGUUCCUGGCACGUCCCGGAGCCCUAUUAGCUGCUUCCUACUUUUCUCUGUGACACUCUCGCAGAGAUGCACAAUAUCUCAAAAUGUGCGUGUCUUUUGGUUGCUCUCUUCUUCUUCUUCUUCUUCUUCUUCUUUCCCGGAGCACAUGAAAAAGAGGAGAAAGUGGAAAAGAAGAAGAAGAGAGUUAUCGAUUUGAGUUUUUGUGUGCAAGUCGGGGGGAGCAAGAGCAAAAAGAAGAAGAAGGAGAAGAAGAAGGAUGGGGUCUCGAUGACAGAUGGAAAAAUGGGGGCAAGAUUUGGCACGUGUCCCCCCGACACACACUCACAAUAUUGAGGGGGAGAAAUGGGUCACAGAAAGCGGUUUUCAGUUGUACCCUUUUGGGGAAAAAGGAUUCUCAGCAGAUAAACGUCAUUUUCAGCAGGAAACACACAAAAAUUGCCUAAUUUUACACCCACUUUUUUGCAGAACUCGAUUCGGCACAAUCUGUCGCUGCACUCGCGCUUCAUGCGGAUUCAGAACGAGGGCGCCGGCAAGAGUUCGUGGUGGGUGAUCAAUCCGGAAGCGAAGCCGGGAAGGAAUCCGAGACGCACUCGCGAACGGUCCAACACUAUCGAGAGCACCACAAAGGUAGGCGGACGGCCGAAAAACCGAGCAUUUAGGGACUUAUAGUUCUUAGACAAUUUUUAGUUCGCCCAACUGAAUAAACCCAUUAGAAAUUUUCUUUAACCUAUUUUUGAAGAUGAAUGAGCCUUUUUCUAAGCAAAAAAAAAAUGAAAUUUGCAGGUGCAACUGGAGAAGACGCGGCGCGGAGCGAAGAAACGGCUAAGCCAGAAGGCGGCCAGUGGACUGAUGGGCUCGGUCCAUUCGGGCGGCCUCAACGGAUCCUCGAACGCCGGCAGUCUGCAGUCGAUCCAGCACGACAUGUUCGCGGACGACGACUCCAUGCAGGGCUCCUUCGAGACCAUGCCCACUUUCCGGUUAGCACUCUUUUUUCACGUGACACUUAUAAAAUUCCGUUUUUUUAGUACGAAAAUUUUCAGUUUCAAAAAAGUUUAUUUGAAAUGUUGCGUUAUAUUGAAUCAGUUAGUUUCUCGCAUUUCAUUUCUCUGCAGUAUAGUCUAAUUUUUCCGCCACCAAGUAAUUUUAGUUGUUUUAUGAAGACUGGCAGAAUAAACAACGCGCCUGACGCCUUCGAUAAAGGAGGUGAAGGCGGCCGUCCGGCUGAAAGUGAACGCAUGACAACGCCUGAGGUAAAAAGGCACAGGCCUGCUCUGUGGACAAGAACGUGUCCGGCGGCCUGUUGCUUCAUUCUUGCAAUAAGGAUGACUACGGACACUAAAACUUUGUACAUUACAUUAUCGCUGAGUUGACAAAGCCUGCUUCUUUACAUUUUUGAAUUUUGACAAUGUGAGAUCUUGAAAUAGUACAGUAACGGAAUGAAGAAGGCCACCAGCGCGAUUGCAGUGAAAUGUCCCCAUAAUAUCUAGAAAGUAAUUAUAUUUUUGCAGUUUCAAUAAUAGCAAUAAUGAAAUUUCUCAGAAUUGAACGAUCAAAGUUUUGUUUGGGAAACAAAUCUAAAAAUUCGUAUUCAUAUCGAUAUUAUCAAUUUUUGUGCAUUUUCAGGCCGCGCACCCAAUCGAACCUUUCGGUGCCGGGCUCCUCGUCGCGAGUGUCUCCGGCCGUCGAUCCAAUGUACGACGAAAUGGACUUUCCGAAUUGGGUCAGCGAGCAGACGAACGUCGCCAUUCCCAGCGAUAUUGUCGACCGAACCGAUCAGGUCAGCUUUUUGAGUGCAUUGUUUUAAAUAAGAAUGUGUAUUCAGAUGCGAAUAGACGGUAACCACUCAAUGAACGGAACUCCGAUCAAACAGGAGUCGAAACCGAUCAAGGUUCGCCGUUUUUAAAGCAUUUCUAAAUUUACAAUAUAUUUUUAGUGAGAUAAAGAAACAGAAAAAAAACAAAACAAAAAAAAGAAACAGAAAAAAAGUUGUAUUUAAAAUUGUUACACUUUCGAACAAAAUUGAUCAAUUAUUUGAUUUCUCUUAAUUUCAUUUUUGACUGUAUGAACAAGUGUUUAAUAAAUGGGCAAUUUUUGCAGACGGAACCGAUCGCGCCGCCGCCGUCGUACCACGAGCUGAACACUGUGCGCGGACCGUGCGCCCAGAAUCCGCUCUUCCGCAAUCCGAUCGUUCCGUCCACCAACUUCAAACCGUACGUUUCUCUCUCAACGAUGCACGGAAAGCGCAGACGUCGAGAAUAGGUCAACGCAGCUUCCGUACAUUUAUAUUAAUCAGGGCUGGGCAAUUUGGCCCAAACCUUGCAGACUUCUUGGACCUGGAUUAAAGUAUAUUGGGUCCAAGUUUUAGCCCGAUCGGAUCAUCCGGUCCCGAGAUAUGUGGAUCAGAGGCCGAAAUUGGCCCUCAAGCACUAUAUCGACAAUAAAUAAUCCGAUCUGGCUGAAACUCGGAACCAAUAUACUACAAUCAAUGUCCAAGAAGCCUGCAAAGUUUGGGUCCGUUCGGAUUAUUGCUCAGUCUCUUCAAAACCUCAAAUUCCGGACUUCUGAUUUGACUAGGCUAUAAAUAUGAUCAAAUAUGAAAAGUGGAAAGUAACGAUGAAUAUUGCAGGAUGCCGCUGCCGUCGGCGUACAACACGUACGAGAACGGGAACGGCGGCUGGCUGACGACGUCGAUGGCGCCGCCGCUGCCGGGCAUUUCGUGCGGAGCCGUCGCCGCGCAGCACCAGGUCUCCUCGAGCUCGGCGCUGCCGAUCGACCUCGAAAACCUGACUCUGCCGGAUCAGCCGCUGAUGGACAUGGACGUCGACGCACUGAUCAGGCACGAGAUGGCGCAGGCCGGCGGACACCAGAUAAACUUCGACCUCUGA